AGGAGGAGGAGUGUGUCUCUGUGUGUCUCUGUGUGUCUCUCACUCUGUCUCACUCUGUCAACACUCCUCACAUCCUCCGCUACAGAGACACGCAGUGAGCAGAGCCGGACGUCGUCGCUUUAACUCUGGAAAAAAGGAAAAGAAAGAGAAACAAUUUCACCAUUUUUUGUUUUUGUUGUUUGACCCACCAUGCUAACGUUAGCAUAGCUAGCUAGCUAGCUAGCAGCUCCAGGUGAAGAGGUUGACUGUCCUUGUCAGCUUGUAGGAACGUGUGCUAUUGAUCUGACAGCUGAGGGGGGUUGUUACUGAUCCCACACAGGACUGUUAGUUAUUAUCAACACAGUGUUGUCUGCUUCAGAUAGCCACUUAGCUGCUACUGCUGUUGUUAGUGAAGCAUCUAAGCUAGCAGGCUGGUGUGUGUUGAAUGGGGGAGGAGCUGUCAGAAGGGUUUUGGGGGCUAGAAUAAGUUCCAGGACGGUGUCAGACAACAUGGUGUUGAGGGGUUGCUGGAAGUCAAGACAUAAAAGCAGCUGUGGACCUGGGCCUUGGUGGGUCCUGGUCUGGCUGUGUGUGACCCAGUCUGUGUGGCUCUCUGGGGCUCUGGGGGAGACCAAGAACGUGGUCCAGAAAGAUGCAGAGUUUGACUUGCUUUACAACGACACGGUGACCAGUGAGAACCAGACCAUCUAUGCUUUCAACCACACCAUCUCCAGGAACAAGACGGAGGGAGUACGUGUGUCUGUGGAUGUGUUGUCACGGGGUUUUGAGAGUCCCAUCCUGUUUGUGGUGAGACAGAAGCAAGCUGUGCUGUCCUUUCAAAUCCCUCUCAUUCUAAGAGGCCUCUACCAGAGGAAGUACCCUUAUAAUCAUGUGGGCCGGACGUUGUGCCAGCCUCCGACCCGGGCCGCCUCUGAGACCCAGUACUUCUUUGUGGACGUGUCCACCCUGUCCAGCCAGGGUACAAACUACCAGCUCAGGGUCAGCCGUGUUGAGAGCUUCACCCUGCAUACGGACAAGAAAUUCAGCUUCACCGCGUCACCAUCCCAACCUCAGUACUUCAAGUAUGUCUUCCCCGAUGGGGUGGACACUGUGAUCGUCAAGGUCAACUCGGACAUGACCUUCCCCUGCUCGGUCAUGUCCAUCCAGGACAUCCAGUGUCCCGUCUAUGACCUCGACAACAACGUGGCCUUCAUUGGGAUGUACCAGACUAUGACCAAAAAAGGCGCAAUCACUGUGCAGAGAAAAGAUUUCCCCAGCAACAGUUUCUAUGUGGUGGUCGUGGUGAAGACGGAGGACGAGGCGUGCGGCGGUCCGCUGCGCUUCUACCCUCUCCGUCCUGACGAGCUCAUCGACGCCGGCAACCGCAGCAAGGUCAUCGACGUGAUUGUCACACCUGCUAUCAAAUCGGAGGUGUAUGUGAUGGGCAUGCUGUUCUGUCUGGGUAUCUUCCUCUCCUUCUACCUGCUCACCUUGCUCAUGGCCUGUGUGGAGAACAAGAGAAUGAAGAAGAGAGAGGUGUUUCAGAUUCCCGCUGACAUGUCGCCUGCCGAGACAGCCUCUCUGCUUGGGAACAACGGAGAUGGCAAAACUGCAGCCUCAGCAUAUGAAUAUGGCUCCUUUCCUGACAACGGCAGCACACUCAGCUCAGAGGCCAUCACGGACAGCGUGGCGUCCACUGACAACAACUACGGAUACAAUGGACAGGAGCCUUUCAAACGUCGCCCAAUCCUCAAUCACCUUCACCACUUAGCCAUCCGUAUCGAGCGAUCGUUGGACAGUGUUGGCCGAAGCCGACACGAGUCCCUGAGCUCUGUGGAGGAGGACGACUACGACACGCUGGAUGACAUCAACUCAGACAAAAACAUCGUCCGCACAAAGAAAUUUCUUUACGUGUCAGACCUGUCCCGCAAAGACAAGAGGAUCCUCAGCAAGAAAUACCAAAUCUACUUCUGGAACAUCGCUACUAUCGCUGUGUUCUACGCGCUGCCAGUCGUCCAGCUGGUCAUCACCUAUCAGACGGUUGUCAAUGUUACAGGAAACCAGGACAUCUGCUUCUACAACUUCCUGUGUGCCCAUCCUCUGGGGGCUCUAAGUGCGUUCAACAACAUCCUCAGCAACGUUGGCUACGUGCUGCUGGGACUCCUCUUCCUCCUCAUCGUCCUCAAAAGAGAUAUCGUCCACCAGCGAGCUCUGUGCCGCAACGAUCUCAACGCGCUGGAAUGUGGUAUCCCAAAGCACUUCGGUCUGUACUACGCCAUGGGAACUGCUCUGAUGAUGGAGGGCUUGCUGAGCGCCUGCUACCACGUCUGUCCAAACUACACCAACUUCCAGUUCGACACCUCCUUCAUGUACAUGAUUGCUGGACUGUGCAUGUUGAAGUUGUAUCAGAAGAGACAUCCAGACAUCAACGCAAGUGCUUACACAGCAUACGCCUGCCUGGCUGGGGUCAUCUUCUUUUCUGUGCUGGGAGUGGUAUUUGGGAAAGGAAACACUGUAUUCUGGAUCGUGUUCUCGGUGAUCCACAUUCUGGCCACGAUGCUCCUCAGCACUCAGCUCUACUACAUGGGCCGAUGGAGGCUGGAUUCCGGGAUCAUGCGCAGGAUGGUGUACAUCAUCUACACAGACUGCAUCAGACAGUGCAGCGGACCGAUGUACAUUGACCGGAUGGUUCUGCUCGUUAUGGGGAACAUCAUCAACUGGUCUCUAGCUGCCUAUGGCCUCAUAGAGAGACCUAAUGACUUUGCCUCCUACCUGUUGGCCAUCGCCAUCUGCAACCUGCUGCUGUACUUUGCCUUUUACAUCAUUAUGAAGCUGCGGAGCGGUGAGAGAAUCCAGUGUCUGCCGUUGGUGAUUAUUCUGUUCACAGCUGUGGUUUGGGGCUUAGCACUGUAUUUCUUCUUCCAGGGUCUCAGCACCUGGCAGAAAACCCCGGCGGAGUCUCGUGAACACAACAGGGACUGCAUCCUGCUUUCGUUCUUUGACGACCACGACAUUUGGCACUUUCUCUCCUCCAUCGCAAUGUUCGGAUCCUUCCUGGUCCUCCUGACCAUGGAUGAUGACCUCGACGCCGUCCAGAGAGACAAGAUCUUCGCCUUCUAGACAUGAAGGAUCUCUUGUGAUGAGCUCGGCUCUUCCUCUCUGCCUUAUCGCCCCCUCGUCUCUCUCUCUCUCCGUUCGCAUCUCUUCUUGUGUUCUAAACGAGCACAUCCAGUAGCCUGUUUUUUCCCUAUGGCUGUACAGCGGGCACCUCUCUGCCCGUCUCAGCCAGUCGGGGAGGAGCGGUAGCCCCUCCCUCCACGUAUAUGGACACACAUGUGCCAAUGAAGAGUCCUGGGUCGACGCCCACGUUGUUUUGUCCACUCGCUGCCAUCAUCAAUAUAACUGUUGUAAUCAAUGUUAACUUCCUGCUGAAGAUAACAACGUACACUCUCGCUAAAUAAAAGAAAAACUAUAAGAAUUAACUUCUUUUAUACUGUCUGCAUUACAUUUGACCUGCAAGUCUGCAAUGCAUUUUGAAAUGUUUUUAUGCUGUUUAUAUGCUGUAUGUGUGUGCGUGUUUACAAACAUAAAUGUGAGAACAUGAACUCUGUCCAGUCUGUCGGUGGCCUUUUAAUGUUCUAAUCAUGCUCUGAUUGGUCCGAUCUGCAAGCUAGCCGUCCUUUCUCAUUGGAGAAUAUUAUAAUAAUACUAAAAAACUAUGAUGAUGAUUGUAUUUACUCCUUGACUGUCCUAGUCUGAAUGCGAAGGUAUUUUCUGCACUGUACUGUAUGGAGGGGAAAAACUGAUUUUAAUGUCAAACAUUGCAAAGAGCGGUUACUGAAUAAAGGUCUCAUUUUCAGAUUCUAA